AUGGCGUUCAGGAGCUUCAUUGCCCGCGCGAAAGGCACCGGGGGCCACCACGGAGCCAUCGUGGGCAACAACACCAAGAGCUAUGGGACGACGACGACGACACCAACGGCUGCGGCGGACCUGGCCAACGACGCGGGCUUCUCGUCAAACGUUGAGCAGCAGGAUGCCGCCCCGGGGGUCAUCAGAACGACUUCAGGCCCGCCGCUCGGAUACGACGCCGCCGCCGACGACGACGACGACCACGGCGGCGAUCUCGUCACGGCCGGCGGGGGGGGCCGCAAUCUCAAGCGCGGGCUGGCCGAGCGCCAUCUGUCCAUGCUCGGCAUCGCGGGUGCCAUUGGAACGGGCCUGUUUCUUGGACUUGGCGGCGCCGUCCAGCGCGGAGGUCCUCUCGGUGCCUUGCUGGGCUAUGCCACCGUCGGCCUCGUCGUCUGCGCCGUCCAGUUUGCCCUGGGAGAGGUCGCGGCGCUGCUCCCCGUCACGGGCGCCUUUGUGCGGCAUGCCGAGUUUCUCGUCGAUCCGGCCUGGGGGUUUGCCAUUGGGUGGAAUCUGGUCUACGGCAACAUCCUGUCCAUCCCCUCGGAAAUCACCGCCAUCUGCGUGCUCUUUGAGUUCUGGACCGACGUCAACCCUUCCGUCUGGAUCGUCACCUUCAUCGUCCUGACCCUGGUCGUCGGCAUCUCGUUUGUCCGCAUCUUCGGCGAGGUCGAGUUCUUCUUUGCCGUCUUGAAGAUUCUUCUCGUCGUCUUCCUCAUUGUCCUCGGCCUCGUCAUCGAUCUCGGCGGCGUCAGGGGCACGCCGCCCGUCUACUUCAAGUACUGGGACGACCCGGGCCCCUUUGUCGAGUACAUUGCCGCCGGGAGCUGGGGCAAGUUCCUGGGCUACUGGAGCGUCAUGACGGGCGCCGUCUUCUCCUUUGCGGGCGUCGAGUCCAUCGCCAUGGCCGGCGCCGAGACCAAGAACCCGCGCAAGGCCAUUCCCGCCGCCUGCAAGAACGUCUUUGUCCGCAUUGUGCUGUUCUACAUGCUGGCCAUUCUCAUUGUCGGCAUGCUCGUGUCGAGCCGGGACAGCAGGCUGGACAAUGAGAGCGGCGACGCGGCACAGAGUCCCUUUGUCAUUGCCGCCUCGGCCGCCGGCAUUCCCGCCAUCCCGUCUGUUGUCAACGCCGUCGUCAUCACCUCGGCCUGGUCUGCUUCGAACCAGAGUCUCCUGGCGGGAACCCGUGUGCUGUAUGGCCUGGCCGUCAAGAAGCAGGCGCCCAAGGUUUUCCUGAGGACCACUUCCUGGGGUGUGCCCUACGUGUGCGUCUUCCUCUUCAUCACCUUUAGCCUCCUCAGCUUCAUGAGCCUCUCAAACGAUGCCAUCACUGUGUUCUGGUGGCUAGUGAACUUGACCGCCGCUGGCGUCUUGGUCUCGUGGAUUUCCAUCUUGAUCAACCACAUACGCUUGCGCUUGGCCAUGAAGGAGCAAGCAAUUCCAAUUACUAGGCUGCCCUGGUGGAACUCCUGGACAUGCGGCUUCGCCGUCUUCACCGAGGGCAAUUGGAACGCUAGCAACUUUGUCUCUGCGUACCUCGACAUACCACUUGUUUUGGCUGCGUAUUUCAUCUGGAAGUUUGUGAAGAAGACCAAGAUUGUCGCACUGGCCGAUAUUCCCCUACAACGGGCACUUGAGCGGGCGGACCAGAAGUAUGAGUCCCUGGCGUCGUAG